AUGCUUCAUCCCUUUCUAAAGUUGGUUAUAGAUGAUGUUUCUACUCAAAGAGCGAAACAAAAGCAUCCGAGUCAAUCUAACCAGACGAGAUUCCUUUCAGUCAUUGUUCACCCUCGUUUACCGCCUGCUAUCCCGGUAUGGCAGGCUGCGGUGGAGUCCACAAGCUCAGAUCGUUCUCGAUGUUACCCAGAAGCAAGGAUUGCCGAAGCAAACGGAUAUAUCUUUCCACGACCAGAUAUCUUCAUUGGUGCACAGGACGAAUGCAAAGCUCUCGAACUCGUGAAAGCAUGGCUAUGCCUACGUCCUCUGCUACUGGCACGAGUUUCUUGUUCAUCGUAUUCAGCACAGCUGGUAGCUCAUCAAUCCUGGCGCGUUAUUCUAAACUUGGACCAUUUGAUGAAGAAUGCGAGAUCAGAUGGCGCCAGCUCAUCCAGAAGCACACCGACGAAAGCCGAGAGACGUAGAGAACAAGCCGGCGAGCUGCAGAUUGAUACUAAAUUCAAUGUUGGUCCUGCAGUUUGGAGAGGCAUAGAGCUCGAGAUGUUAACAAAUGAUCAUCAUCGGGAAAUCGCCUGGGAGCUUGCAGAACUCAACUUCAGGUUCGAGUUGCUAGCAUUGGAUGCACGAGCAGCGACUAACGGAGGAAACCACGAUUUACUCCUGCGCUGUCUACCCAACGGCCUUACCACGGCAUUUGUCGCAGUCGACGUCGGCAGUGCUAAUCAUGGGCUAGGACAUCCGACUUGGCGGCAGAGAGCUCCAUAUGUGUUUCCAUUGAUGAAUGCGAUGCGCUCUUGGAAGGCUUGCCCGCAUUUGAUCCAACAGAAGAGGACCAAUUAUACGGAAGCACAAUUUGAUGAGAUCGAAAAAUGUGUUGCUCUUUUCUAUGUGGAGUCGUUCUUUCGCUUCUUCGGUCAUGCACCAGUCAUUCCGCGUCAUCUCCCCCAUUCUCCGCAGACUUCAUUUGUGCCCGAGACAUGUGAGGAAAUGUAUACAGAAAGAUCGGGUCUUGUGUUUGAUAUUGCGCAGUUCCAUGAGCAGUAA